AAAGACAGCACACAGCAGUACAUGUGCAUUUGAGAAGGAGGACUUCUUAAAGGGCAGAGUUAUCCUUCCACACAUACACAUGUGGCCUCAUUAUUGAUAUCCCUUAGAAAGGUGCAAAAUGGCAGCUGCCAGAGUGACAAUGGCUGCUUUAAGGACAACAAAUGAUGACCUGGAUGACUACAGUGCUUAUGCACACAUGUCUGAAGAACAGCUGUUGCAGUUAGCUAUUGAACGAAGUCUAGCUGAUACCAAUUUGACUCCGUGGCAGAAUCGGCAAUUCCGUGCCCACACACAGCUAACUGCCCCCUUAGCUACACAAUGGCCACCAUGCAACCCUGACCCAACAAGCAUACCUGUUGCUGCCUCUGCAAACCCUCCCAGUGAGAAAUCAAACAUCAACAGAGAUACAAGAAACCAUAUUUUCAUAGAAGGCAAAGACAAAGUGAUUGCCUGGACAGGAUACAAUGGACACCUACGGGUCACAGUGGAGACUAUGAAUGAUUUAGACCCCUUUCUCUCAGCCAUUUGGAGAGGGGAUGCAAAGGCUUUAAAAAAUAUAAUUCAUUCCACAUCUAAAAAUCUUGAUGAACCCAAUAAGGACGACUGGAUAUUACUUCAUGAGUCUGCAUACUAUGGCCAUGUUGAGUGCCUUAAGAUUUUGCUCCAAGCCAGGCCAGAUACAAUCAACAAACGAACAAAAAAUAAUCAAACACCACUUCUUCUGGCUGUAAGUCGCAAACACCUUUCUUGUGUCGAACACCUUUUGGAGGAAGGUGCCGAUCCCAACCUUGCAAAUAACCAGUGGGAGACACCGCUGCACAAAGCAUGCGAAAAAGCAAGUGAAGAGAUAGUGGAACUUCUUUUGAGGUUUGGAGCUUCACCAUCCAAAGUCUGUUGUCAAGGUGGGACUCCACUACAUGAAGCAGUGAGAAACAAAAACUUAGAGAUUUGUAAGAUGUUGCUACUAGCAGGGGCAAAACUCUCCGCCAGGAAUGUUUAUGGCAUUGACCCUGUGUUUACGGCUGCUCAGUGUGGCGCUGUUGAGGAGCUUAACUUCCUAAUUGUAAAAGGUGGUUAUGUCAAUACUGAGGCAAAUGAUAAUGCCUCAGCCUUGUUUGAGGCUUCUAAGAAUGGUCAUGUUGAAGCUGUUGAGAUCCUCCUGUCAAGAAAAGCAGAUCUUAACAAAGCUAACAAGACUGGAUUACUUCCCAUUCAUGUUGCUGCAAAGAAUGGUCAUGACAGCAUUGUUGUCAUGCUAAUCCCUCAAACUAAUAGGGAAAAAGUUAGACAUUCUGGCAUUAGUCCUAUCCAUCUUGCUUCAGAACGUAACAGAGAUGAUGUUCUAGAAACCUUGAUUGAGGCUGGAUUUGAUGUCAACGCCACACUGUCAGAUGACUGGUCAAAGAUGUAUGAAGAUCGUCGCAGCACAGCUCUGUACUCAGCUGUGGUAAAUAGAAACACUGAAGCAGCUACCAUGUUAUUAGAAGCCGGUGCUGACCCAAAUCUUGAUAUUUUCAACCCCCUGCUAUUGGCUGUGAGGAAAGGUAGUAUGGAAAUUGUGACAUUACUUGUUAAGCAUGGCGCCAAUAUCAAUGCUCCGCUUCCAACUCAUCCCACCAGCUUUCCAGCGGUUUUGGUUUUCUGUGUGAGGCACUUGGCAAUGAUGAAGUACCUAAUGGACAAUGGCUGUGAUGCACUAUCAUGUUUUAGCUGUCAAUACGGCAGUAAUCCUCAUCCCCCCUUAAAACCAAGAGGAAAUGGAAGAGAAGCAAUGUAUUAUUUAAAUGAUGAACCAUCAGACUACUAUGUACAGUUUUGUGAGAUAAUCUCUGAUCCCUCUGUCAGCGGCUGGGUGGGGCCCAUCAUAGACAUGUUACUUGACUAUGUGGGUAAUGUUAAACUCUGCUCAAGAAUAAGGGAACACCUGGAUAGCAACAAUGAUUGGGCCCAUAUUAAAGAAAAAUCAUUUCUUCCUUGUACCUUGAUGCAUCUGUGCAGACUCAAGAUUCGUCAACGAAUGGAACUCCAAAGACUGAGACUAAUUAAUGCUCUUCCUGAGAGACUAAUCAAGUUUUUGAGUUAUGAACGAGAAUCAUUAGAAGAUAUCCUGUGAUGAACAGCAUAACAUUCUUAAUUAUUUUCAGAGCACGCUGCUUUGAAUUCUUUUUUUAUUUUUAUUUAUUUUUAGAUUAUUUUUUAAGGGAUCUGAAUAUAGCUGACAAAUGCAAAUUAUUAGUUUUAUGAUGUUUGUAAAGUUAGUUAUUCUCCAUACACAACUGUAUAUAAUAUAUAAUUAUAUUCAAAUGCACAUAUUAAUAUGCAUGACAAUAUAUUUCAGCUUUUUAGCAAUAUGUCAUUUUAUCUGUAUGAGUUCAUACUAAAAUCUACUUGCACACAUAGGCUUUUUAUAAUGAGACUACAAAAUGGAUUUUACUGGUUGCCACAACACAUGGGAGUCAAAGUUCAUAACCUUAAUUCUUGGUCUUCAUAAACUAUGCAGUAAACAUACUGAAAUAUUACAUAUUCAGUAAUGUUUAUACAUAGUUGUAAUGCAACUAAUCCUUUAGAGAAGCAUUAGGUAAUUGAAGGUAUUUUCUGCUUUAAUGCUUCAAAGAUGUACAGAGAACAAUUAACUGUAAACUAGUUUUGUAAAUUAGUUAACAAUGAUGUAACUUGUCUACUUAUACAGAUAACCAUUGUACAGCUUUGUGUAUGGAUUAGCUUUAAGCACUGAGCUUUAUCGGUAUUCCUGUGAAUUUCUGUGUGUUUUCUUUUUGCUUGAGACAUUCUCUGUGGUCUUUCAAUCUUGUGAUGCUGCAUCACAACAAAGUUUUAAGUCAAUUUGAGAGUUCUCUAGGAGGUCUCACUGUGUGUGAGAGAGUUUGAGUUGCUUAACCGAAAACAGUAGUUGUAGCUCAAAGAAGCAGCACACUAGUGAACCAGUCACAGUAACCAGAUUUAACCUAAAAUAAGAGGUCAAAUUGCUCAUUGGUAACCGAAUGCUGAAAAUCAUGUGAUACAUGUACGUUUAAUGGCACCUCUUACCUUACAACAUUCUUAGAUAAUUCUGCUAACUCAUGCAGCUGACUGUGGUUUAUAUAAGCUCUAUAAUUAGCCAGCCAGAAUUCAUAUACUUACGCAAGACACGUGUAAAUAUAAACUCUGCCACCACAUUGCUGUUUAGUCUUUGCUCUGAACUUUAACCAAAUAUAAUCCUGUCCUUUAAAAAAUAUACAUCACUGAAUAGACAGAUAUUUUAGAUAUAUUUGAACCUAUGAAAUAUUUUUAUUAUAUUUCUAACAAAAACAAAACAAAAGGAAUGACAAUCAAGAAUGCUGGAGUUGAGGCAGCAAAACACAUUAUAAAGGUCAAAUGGACUUGAGAAUUUCUUUACAGCCUGUAUAUUAAAAUACAAAUGUGUCUGUACAAGAGUCUAAGGUGUCUCCUUUCAUAAUGAACAGCAAGGAGACGUAGAAAUGCAAAUCUGCAGUCGACCUUAAUUUACUUCACAACCCUCUUGAUUAUUUGAUAAUGUUUGUCCAAUUAGUCAUUCAUUAUCCUGCAAUGGCACUAAAAACAGACAAACCGUUAUAUCUGACAAUACAGAAAGGAUGAGAGUUUAAAACCUUGAUCAUAUGCAGGGUUUGGAGUACAGUUCCACUGUUCUACUUUCCAUCUAAAAUGAGACCGAGCCCAGAGAAGUUGGCAGCGCUUCUGGACAGUGUUGAUGUAGGGCUCCUGCUUUGCAUAGUAAAGUCUUAACUUGCAUCUGUAGAUGCAGCAGCGAGUGGUGUUGACUAAAAAAGGUUUACUAAAGUUAUCCCAAGCCAAUGUUCAUGAUAUCCAUUACAGAUAAAUGACUUUUUUUAAGACAGUGACAUCUGAGGGAUUAGAGAAACGCGCAUUAAGAAAUGGUGAAUAUCCUUCCAAUUUGUCUUUGGGGAACAUUGUUCUCAAAGUGCUGGAUUAUUUGCUGAAGCAUCUGUUGGCAAAUUGACAAGUCUUGAAUGAUCCUUGCUCUUGAAGGCCUAGGCUGUUUUUGGAGGCUCCUUAUACAGUAUACAGUACUAUGGCACAAUUGCCUCACCUGUUUAACAUCUCCUGUUUCCCAUCGCCUUGUUAUUUCAACUCAUCAAAUUGUUAUUAGUCUUAAAUUGCCCCUGUCUCAACUUUUUUGGAGCGUGUUGCAAUCAUCUUUUGAAAUUACUGUACAUUUUCAAAAAAACUAUGAAAUUCUCAAGGUAAAACAUCAUAUAAUGUUUAGUUGUAGUGCUUUCAAUAUAGCAUAGGGUGAAUAUAAUUUACAAAUCACUCCUUUUUGUUUUUAUUAUCAUUUUUCAUACUGUCCCAACUUUUUUGGAAUUGGCGUUGUAGUCCUUUCAGAUGGAAAACAUUUAUACAUAUAAAUGUUGCGAUCCAAAGUGCAUUUGAACAGAAGUGAAACACUUUCUUAUGAUGCGUUACAUUCAUACGAGCAGACUGAGAAGUAAGUUUGAAGUAAGUUUGGAGCAGAAGAAAUAGAAAUAAACCUUGAGUAAAUUAUCAGCUUUACGCUAAGCUAAAAUGCUAUUUCUAGCCAUUUUACAUGCACAUGUUACCGGGCAUGAUCAUAUUUCACACUGUAUCAUAAUUUCUUUUUUUUUUUUUUUUUAAUAAUUUUUUUAUUGUUUUCCUGUAAAAAUAUCUAAAAAUCCUUAAAACAAGAUCAGUUUGAUUGAUCUUGUUUUAGAAACAACACUGCAUAAGAUAUUUAGGUUUUUCAGAGAAUGUAUUUUUAACAUGUGUAUUUUGUCUUACUGUACUGACAGAGUUUUUAUAGUCAAAACAAGUGAAAAAAUCUACCAGUGCUGAAGAAGUAAUCCAAAGUAUUUAGAAUACUUUACUGACCUUGAGUAAUCUAACGGAAUACGUUACAAAUUACAUUUUACAGCAUGUAUUCUGUAAUCUGUAGAGGAAUACAUUUUAAACUAACCCUCCCAACCCUGAUCAUAUGUCCACUUGACAUUAACACAACAGAUUUGCCUAUAAAUAAGUAACAGGUAUUUACACAAUGUUAUUUCAUGUCUUGUUUGUCUCGUAGCCUUGGCACAUCUGUAACCUGACACAGCAAAUACAGCAUAAGAAUUUAACCCAGUUAGGCAAUAAAGGCUUCACUAAACAAAACAAUAUGUUGCAAAAUAGACAGCGGUAGGAAGGAAAGUGUACAAAUAACUAAUACAAAUAAAG